ACUUUCGCUUACUUGCUGCGGCGGGCAUCGAGGGUUUCGUCUUCUCGCCUCUUCCGUUGCGCUUCGAAUCGCCCAUCCCCCUCGCCCAAGCUUUCAAGCCAUGUAUGACAAUCUGAGCAAUCAGGCUGGGGUGCAGAGACCUCCUGUAAAUUCUCAACCAAAUCCAUUUGGCAAUGCAUUCUAUGGAGCCGGAUCUGGACUUAUCCGAGGUGGCCUAGGGGCAUAUGGAGAGAAAUUCUUGGGCUCAAGCUCUGAGUUCAUGCAAAGCAAUAUUAGCAGGUAUUUCUCCAAUCCUCAGUAUUAUUUUCAAGUGAAUGACCAGUAUGUGAGGAAUAAGUUGAAAGUGGUCCUAUUUCCAUUCCUACACAGGGGUCAUUGGACCAGGAUAACCGAGCCAGUUGGUGGUAGGCUUUCCUACAAACCUCCAAUCCAUGAUAUAAAUGCCCCGGAUCUGUACAUCCCUUUCAUGGCCUUUGGCACCUACAUUAUUCUCGCAGGCUUCUCAUUUGGUCUUAUGGGAAAGUUUAGUCCCGAAGCUCUGAGUUUGCAGUUCACAAGGGGAUUGUUUGGGUGGUUGAUGCAGGUUGCCCUCCUAAAAGGUUUCUUAUAUUCAUUAGGUGGCGGGGAGGCGCCGCUGCUUGAUAUAGUGGCAUAUGGUGGGUAUGCUUUCACAGGAUUGUCCUUGGCUGUGCUGGUAAAGAUCUUCUGGAGUUACUCAUAUUACUUCCUGAUGCCAUGGGCGAGUGUGUGUAUGGGGGUAUUUUUAGUGAAGACCAUGAAGAGGGUAAUCUUCACAGAGAUGAGGAGCUACGAGAGGCACUCAAGUAGGCAACACUAUCUACUACUUUUCAUGGCCAUUGCUCAGUUCCCGUUGCUGUUCUGGCUUGGCAAUUUUGGAGUGUGACAGUUUGUCACUGAGCUCUUUGUUUAGACUUUAGAUGAUAUCUAAUGAUAAUUCUCUGUCUCUCCUUUUAUCAAUGUGUGGUCGUGCGCGUGUGAAUGUCCUCUGAGAUUAUUGUGGGUAAUCAUGGUCUACAGUGCCAGGUAGAUAUUGCUAAUUAGAAAGAUCAGGCUCGAACGAGUAAAUUGGGUUU